CGUCUUUUCGGAGUGUCUCAACUUGUCCAGCAAUGAAGGCUCUGACUGUCCUGGCAGCGGUGGCGGCUGUGCUUGCGGGGCUGGCGUCCGUGGAGGCUGACCCCAAGGCUGACCCCAAGGCUGAUCCCAAGGCUGACCCAAAGGCUGACCCCGGCGGCAUCGGAUUCGGACUCCAAGGGGGUGUGGGCUUACGCUACAAUGUCGGGUUCGGCCUGGGCGGUGGACUGGGCGGUGGCCUGGGCGGUGGUCUGGGCUACGGCCUGAACUACGGCCUUGGCCUGGGAGGCGGUCUGGGUGGUGGCGGCCUGGGCUACGGAUACGGCCGCAGGAAGCGUGAGGCGGAACCCACUGCUGAGGCUGACCCCGGCAUCGGCCUCGGCUUCGGCGGGGGUCUUGGCUACUCCCAAGGGUUCGGGUACGGUCUGAGAGGUGGAUUUGGCUAUGGCCUGGGAGGUGGUCUCGGCUAUGGCCUGGGCGGCCUGGGCGGUGGCCUGGGUGGCCUGGGAGGCGGCUACGGGUACGGCCGCAGGAAGCGUGAGGCGAAGCCGAAGGCUGGUAUUGGUGGCUUUGUCUCGGCCCACAAGAACCACCAUCAGCAGAGCUUCAACGCCUUCAUUCCUCCCUUCAUUGGCGGCUUCGGUGGUCUGGGCUUCGGCAAGUACGGCGGGGGCUUCGGCGGCUACGGCGGCUACGGUGGCUACGGCGGCAAGUUCAUCGGUCGCCGCAAGCGUGAGGCGGAGCCGACGGCUGAGGCUGACCCCACCUUCAUCUCGUCCCACAACAACCACCACCAGCAGAGCUUCAACGCCUUCAUCCCUCCAUUUAUUGGCGGUUUCGGUGGCCUGGGCUUCGGCAAACAUGGGGGCUUCGGCGGCUACGGGGGCUAUGGUGGCCUCGGCGGCAAGUUCAUCGGUCGCCGCUAGAGUGGGGUGGAGCCGACGGCUGAGGCUGACCCCGGCACUGCUGCCCACCAGACACUCGGGAACUCCAAAAGAGAAACCCUUUCAUGCAUUUCACCAAGACAGGAUCACCGUGACUCACACCCCCUCUGCUACCCGGAGGGACACCUAUUCUUGAUGACCUUCUAUGCAAUAAAGCUCUUAUACCACA